CGAAGAGAGCGUGUAGAGAAUUCCGCCGGAUCAGCAGAGAUUGACCUUCUUCGGGAAGCAGCUUGGAGACAGCCGGACCCUUGCCGAAUACAACAUCUAAAAAGGCUGUUUAGAUCCAGAAUGUUUGAUCAAGGGAAGGAGAUAUUGAGUUCGGUUGCCGUUGAUGAUAGUCUUAGUAAACACCCAGUGUCGGAGAUAGCAGAUUUAGCGAGGGAGAACAACAGGGAGAAUCCCGAGAUGGUUGUAAAGCUGCUGGAUGCAUUAUUUAGGGUUUAUGUCUAUCACAUGAAGCUCAAGGAAGCCAUUGAGGUUUUUGACUACAUGAAGAACAACGAGUAUGAGAUUCAUGACAAAUCUUGCAGCCAAAAGGUCUAAUCAAUUCUAGUUGUUGUUUGCGUUUUUCCAGAAGAUGGUGGAUGCAAAUUUGAAGAUCACGGUUUAUUCAACGACUAUGGUAAUUGAUGGAUUGUGUAAAAUGGGAAGAGUAGAUGAAGCAAGAAGAUUGUUGCAGGAUAUGAUGAUUCGUAGAGGCGUGAAACCUAACGAACAUACUUAUAACACGUUAUUGAAUGGAUAUGUGAAGCACUCGGAUCUUGGCGCCGUGAAUGAUAUCUUAAAUGAGAUGAAGAAGGAAGGAAUCCAGAUGAAUACCACAAGCUACACAGUUCUAAUAGAAGGUUAUUCAAAGUUGAGAAGAUUUGAAGAAGCAGGGGAACUUUUUGGAGAUAUGGAAAAGAGAAACAUAGAAGCAGAUGCUCAUGUCUACACUGCUGGAAUGGCAAUUGGCAUCGUUGGUGACGCCGGUGUUAGAGCUAACUCACAACAGUCAAAGCUCUUUGUUGGGAGUUAAAGCUGUAAUCACUAAGAGCUUUGAGAGGAUACACCGAAGUAACUUGGUGGGGAUGGGCAUUAUUCCUUUAUGUUUCAAGGCUGUAGAGGAUGCAGAGACACUGGGAUUGACAGGUAAGGAGCGCUACUCCCUGAGAGUGAAAGUACAGAAGCUUUGCCGGCCAGUCUAGAGCAGACUAGAGGAAGGAAGAACAUGCCCAAAUGCUUCGGUAACUUUUGUUGUGGUCAAGGCUUUUGCUGUUACGAUAAAGCAUCUGGUGGUUUUCAAAAAAAGGGGCUGUUUUAGGAUGCAGUGAUGAACAAAGAAAACAAUUGUAGACGGUCAUGCAGGGACAUAUAAAACAUAAAGACGGUUGGCCUACAGCUGCAGGUUUUUACCGAUCCCUCUUUUCAUCCUUAGAGAUGUCCUCUACGUCAACAGAGACCUGGCCGCUGCUCUCAUCUUUGACCGGAGUCCGGGGUAAGGUUCUUAUGGAUUUAGGGUUUCGUUCGUUCGGUUUUUUUUCUUUGACUUUAGCGGCCGGUCAUUCCAUCCGUAAGAAGAAUUAGGCUCAUAGAAUCAAUCGUCUCUGACUUUCUUCCUCCAUGUCCAAUUCAUUACUUAUCUAUCUAUCUAUCAAUCAGGUAUUUCAUUUUCUACCCUCAUUUUCUUCUUUGAGUUUUUGUCUUCUAUUAGGUAUAUGGUCAGAUUUUAGAAAAUGAUACAUUACUCAACAAAUCAUCUAUUAGGUCUAUAUUAGUCUGUGAUUUUUCUCAAUUUUUUCCUACAGCCUUUGUCAUUUUGUGAGUUUUUGUUUCAAAAAAUUAUAAUUGGAAAUUUUUUGUUCUCAUAUUAAAGUGGUCUUUUAGAUUUUUGAUACUACUGACUAAAUUUGAUUUAAAUAUUAUUGACUAAAUGUAGAAUUUCAUUUUUGAAUUUCUUAAAAAACCUAAAUGUUUAGGUGAAAUGAACUUUUAUUCAAUAAAAUGUGAGAAAGUGCACAUUUUUUGGGGUUUAGUUUAUAUGGUGAUUCACAAGAUGUCUUCUCCCUUAUAUUCUUUGGGUGGAAACAUUUCAAAAAAGGCGUGAAGGUGUGUAAUUUCAUUGACAACUUAUUUAUUCUGAUAAGUGAUUUAAAUUCAUCAUUAGGAAAAUGUUUGUGUUUCUUUAUAGUUCAAUUUUGCAUAUUGAUUACAAAAGUUUUGUAGUUUGCAUAAGGAAUUCAUUUGACUAUUGAAGAGACACAAUUACAACCUGGAUUUUUUUAAAUUUUUGAUUGUCUUUUAGAUUUUUAUUACUACAUUUGUCUCUUCUAUGACUUGGAGUGGCUAAUUCAUUCAUUAAAUGUUCAGAUUUUUAUUACUACAUGUGUCUUUUAGAUUUUUAUUACAACGACAUAGAAGGUAUGUUUGUGGGUGUGUUCAGUUUUCUUAAAAAAGUUGUUUACCUGUGAGUAACAUUUUGACUUUAUAAUGUUAUUCAUAUUCUAACUCUUUGCAUUGAUAAAUGAAGUUUAUUUAAGUGUAGCUAACAGUUGCAAGACGACUAUGGUCUUCAUGUGAUGGGCUGAUGGCUAUCCACUGGUCUGAACAAUAGACUCCUCAAGGGUAGUAUUUACCCUCUCUUUGUUUUUGUUUCUUUUGAUUUAUAAAUUUCAAAUUUAUUACUUUCCAAAUUCAUAAAUGGAUUAAGCAAUGAUAAAUAUGUUUGUUUAAAAUAGGCAACAUUUAAGUUUUCAUCAUCUUCACCUUCAUUGUUGCUCAAGUUUCAGUGAGUAUUCCAUGAACAUUGGCUUCUUUUAAGUUUCUAAUUUUGAUAGUUUUUCUUUAAGUAAUGCAAUGCAUUUCUGUUCCAGAUUAGAAUUAAAGAUUUGCGAGUGGAGGAGGUUAGGGUUUAGGGUUUUGAGGCUCCGAUACCAUGUAAAAUAAUAAAGAAUGCUUUAUUGAUUGAAUAAUAGAAGAGGAAUACCAAAAUAUGUAUUUAUAGGUGGAGGAAUAUAUUCUAGAAUCCUCCACAUUAAUGGCUAAUUAUAUAAGGUAACAUUAUAUAAUAAUAACUCUAACUAUAAUAGGUAACAACCAUAAUUAUAAUAUAUAAUAUUAAAUAUAUUAAAUAAUUGAUAUAUUUAACAUUUUUCUUUAAUGAUGAUCAUUUUAAUGGGAUAAU